GGAGCCCAGUUUGCUCUGCAGGAUCCAGAGAUGGCAUCAGUGAAGCUGGAAGACUGCUGUCAAACACUGGAGCUGAAUGUCAACAUUAAAGAUGAAGAAGAAGUGGAGGAGAACAUUAGGACAACUGUUAGUCAUGGAUACCACGUUGAGACAUUCUCUACACCCAGAGAGCAACAGCAGGAAGAUCAGAGAGCUAAGAGGUCUCAUCACUGCCCACAUUGUGAAGAGAUUUUCCCAUUUCUAUCAAAGCUAAAAAUACACCUAAAAAUACACACAGGAGAGAAGCCAUACUCCUGCUCAGACUGUGGAAAAUGCUUCACAACAUCAACUGAUCUAAAACUUCAUCAGAGAACACACACCGGAGAGAAGCCUUACUCCUGCUCUGACUGUGGGGCGAGUUUCUCUCAUCUGGGCACCUUAAAAACACACCAACGUAUACACACAGGAGAGAAGCCUUACUCCUGCUCUGACUGUGGAAAAUGCUUCACAACAUCAACUGAUCUAAAAGUUCAUCAGAGAACACACACUGGAGAGAAGCCUUACUCCUGCUCUGACUGUGGAAAAUGCUUCACAACGUCAACUUAUCUAAAAGUUCAUCAGAGAACACACACAGGAGAGAAGCCUUAUUCCUGCUCUGACUGUGGAAAAAAUUUUAAAACAUCAAAAGAGCUAAAAGUUCACCAGAGAACACACACAGGAGAGAAGCCUUUCUUCUGCUCUGACUGUGGGGCGAGUUUCUCUCAUCUGGGCACCUUAAAAACACACCAACGACGUAAACACACAGGAGAGAAGCCUUACAUCUGCUCUGACUGUGGAAAAUGCUUCAAAACAUCAACUGAGCUAAAAGUUCACCAGCGAACACACACAGGAGAGAAGCCUUACGUCUGCUCGGACUGUGGAACUAGUUUCUCUAAAUUUUCCCACUUAAAAACACAUGAACGUAUACAUACAGGAGAGAAGCCUUACGUCUGCUCUGACUGUGGGGCGAGUUUCUCUCAUCUAGGCACCUUAAAAACACACCAACUUAUACACACAGGAGAGAAGCCUUACGUCUGCUCUGACUGUGGAAAAUGCUUCACAACAUCAACUCAUCUAAAAGUUCAUCAGAGAACACACACAGGAGAGAAGCCGUAUUACUGCUCUGACUGUGGAACUAAUUUCUCUCAACUUUCCCACUUAAAAUCACAUGAACGUAUACACACAGGAGAGAAGCCCUAUUACUGCUCUGACUGUGGAAAAUGUUUUAAAACAUCAAAUGAGCUAAAAGUUCAUCAGAGAACACACACAUGAGAGAUGCCUGCUUACGUCUUCUCUGAUUAUUGGGUGAGUUUCUCUCACCAUAGCAACUUAACACACCAAUGUAUACACACAGGGGAGAAGCCUUACUCUGUGGAGAGGUGGGCUUGUAAGUCAAACGUCUAGCCAAAAGCUGCGUGUUUGAAUCUCAUCAGGGAGGACUUUAGCAUUUUAACUAAUGAAUUUUUCCCACUGUUCUGACUUGGUGGUAGAGAAAUGUAAUCAUUGAAUAUUGUAAGGGUUUUCAUUGUCUGCUUAUAUGCCCCUUUAUUUAUCUUACGGUUCUGACUUGGUGUACAGAGAGAACACUGUAAGAACAGCCCAUUUUCUGAAUUAUGUUGCUGUACAUUUCAAAAGUGCUGAACAAAGUUAUAUUGACUACGUCCGUUAUAGCUCGCUCAUUAAUGUCUUAAUCGAAAUUACGGAUUGCCUCUUAUUCGCUUUUCGUCCCUUAUGCCAUAGUUUGUACAUCUCAAUUGUCAGUAGUAACCACAUUUCUGUAGUUAGAGGACCUACUUUCAGAACUGGUCUUUCUACUAGUCCUGACAUGGUUUCGAGGCCUGUUCAGAAAUCUUGCAACCAUAAAUGCACUGUGACAAAGGAUACUUUAAUGUUGAAUAAUAUGUACUUCAUAGCUAUCAUUGGUGUGGUUAUCAACAACUUGGAUUGUGUAAAGUAGAAAUAACUUUAAACCUGGUAUCUUGUAAACUGCAGCAGAGUUGUUGGGGGUAACAGAUGUUACUGUCGGUAUGGUUUUUGAUAAGCUGGAUAACCUGGGGGUGGAUUGUCUCAGCAUGAUAUAAACCCCAAUGUUUGCAAACACAGAAAGGGAUCUAUUGAUAUAGUUUAUUGGGGGGUGUGGGAGGGUUUUUGGGGAAGGGGAGGGUGUGGUAGAAGUUAAUAGGGAUUUCUUGGUUUAUUUUCUUAGUACAGAAUUAGACAGACAUGGACCUUAAACAUUUGUUUGCGGACCGCCAUGAUACCAUAGGAGUUCUGCAUCAACGGACUUCAGCGCAGGUAGUGCCUCAUCAGAGAGGGAACAUUUCAGUUGCACUACAGUUUUGACGCUGAAUGUAAAUAUUAUCAGUUAAAAAACUGAUUUACAUGUGUACUACUAUUCAGACACAUACAGUUUCUAUAUUUAUCUAUAAUUCAGGGUUUGCACAAGGGGCUUAAAGUAAAUAAAUAUUAGUGCCUGAAAAAAGUCCUUGAAUUUGACUUGCCACUGUACGACCCCUGAUAAUUCUUAAUAUGGUGUGAAUGGGAAAUACAUUUGGUUUUCUGUGAGUGAAAAAAUACAGUGAAGACAAGGUUAUUCAUAAAAUAGUACAUAGUGCUGCCUGAAACAUACUGCAAUCUUGUACUAAAUUAUUUUUUUGUCAUUUAUGCAUUUGUGAAUUUAGGAAAUCUACUAUAGAUUAAGUGCUCUUAUGUUGUGCAAUUGAAAAUGUGUACUUUGUGUCUAAUGUGAAUGAAUGUUUUGUCAAGGAUUAGCUACCUGAUCUACUGAAAUGAGAUGAUUGAUCAAGAAAAAAGUGGUUUGCUGAGGUCAAUGUUUUGAAGAAAGUGCUCCGUGGGUGGUGGGGUUGUGGUAUGGGCAGGUUUAAAGCUACGGAUAACAAACACGAUUGAUUUUUAUCGAGACGGGAUUCUGAGGCACAUUGUCAUGCCAUUCAUCAUCACCUCAUGCUUCAGCAUGAUAAUGCACGGCCCCAUGUCACAAGGAUCUGUACACAAUUGAAAAUGUCCCAGUUCUUCCAUGGCCUGCAUACUCACCAGACAUGUCACCCAUUGAGCAUGUUUGUGAUGCUCUGGAUGGACGCGUACGACAGCGUAUUCCAGUUUCAGUUGACUGAUUUCCUUAUAUGAACUGUAACUCAGUAAAAUCUUUCAAAUUGU